AGUCCUGGCAACUGGUGAAUGCGCCUGCGCGGAGCGCGGCUGACCCCGGGGUCGAGGAGGGGUGGUGAUUUUUUACCUGAAACAGUUACAUCUGUGCACUAUUACCCCGAGUACAACAUGUCUGCAGCAUCUGCAUCAAAUAAUUCGCUAAUAAAGACUGUGGCCAGUAAAGUGCCUUUUUCUGACUUGUGUUCAACACUGGAAAAAAUCCAGAAGAGUAGGUCCAGACCUGAUAAAAAUAAGUAUUUCAAGGACUUCCUGGAUUCAUGGAGAAAUUUCCAUAACACACUCCAUAAGAAUGACUUAAACACUACUGAUUCCUUCUACCCAGCACUGCGUCUAAUUCUUCCUCAGCUCGAAAGGGAGAGGAUGGCAUAUGGAAUAAAAGAGACAAUGCUUGCCAAACUUUACAUUGAUGUUCUUGGUCUUCCAAAAGAUGGAAAAGAUGCACUUAAGCUUCUGAACUAUCGAGCUCCAACCAGUUCACAUGGAGAGGCUGGUGAUUUUGCUGUGAUUGCAUAUUUUGUUUUGAAGCAGAGGUGUCCCAAUAAAGGCACGCUGUUUGUGCAGGAUGUAAAUGAACAUUUGGAUUCUAUUGCACUCAAUAAUGCAGCCAAGAAAAAAGAUUUGAUCAAAAAGAGUCUGCUGCAGUUAAUCUGUCAGAGUUCAGCCUUGGAACAAAAGUGGCUUAUUCGUAUGAUCUUGAAAGAUAUGAAACUGGGUAUCAGUCAGCAAACUAUAUUCCAGUUAUUCCAUCCAGAUGCUGCAGAGCUUCACAGUGUAACGACAGAUCUGGAGAAAGUUUGUAAACAGCUUCAUGAUCCAACAGUGUCCCUCAGUGAUGUCUCUAUCAUGAUGUUCUCUCCUUUUCGGCCAAUGCUUGCCGCCAUUGCGAACAUAAAACACAUUGAAAAGUUAAUGCACAAUCAGAGCUUCUAUUUGGAAACUAAGCUGGAUGGAGAGCGUAUCCAGCUUCACAAGGACGGAGAUGUUUACAAAUAUUUCUCGCGUAAUGGAUAUGAUUACACCCAGCAGUUCGGUGCUUCUCCAUUGCAAGGGUCCCUCACACCAUUUAUUCAUAAUACCUUCAAGAGCAAUUUGCAGAACUGCAUACUUGAUGGAGAAAUGAUGGCCUACAACCCCAUCACCCAAACCUUUACGCAGAAGGGCAACAAGUUUGACAUCAAAAGAAUGGUGGAAGACUCAGAAUUGCAAACUUGUUUCUGUGUCUUUGAUGUGUUAAUGGUAAAUAACCAGAAGAUGGCAAAUGAAACCCUCAGGAAAAGGCAUGAAAUUCUUCAAACUCUCUUCACAUCAAUGCCAGGGCGCAUUCAGGUUGUGGAGAAAACUGAGAUAAAAUCAAGAAAGGAUGUAGCUGAUGCCCUAAAUGAAGCAAUAGAUAAAAGAGAAGAAGGAAUCAUGGUGAAAGAUCCUUUGUCUGUGUAUAAACCAGACAAGCGUGGUGAAGGCUGGUCAAAAAUUAAGCCGGAAUAUGUUGAUGGCUUGAUGGAUGAGCUUGAUAUCUUAAUUGUCGGUGGUUACUUUGGUAAAGGACAUCGCGGUGGAAUGGUAUCUCACUUCCUAUGUGCUGUCGCAGAGCCUGCUUCACCUGGUGAGAAACCAUCAGUCUUCCACUCGCUUUGCCGUGUUGGAUCUGGGUACACCAUGAAGGAAUUGUACGAUCUUGGGCAGAAACUGGCUGUACACUGGAAACCUUACCGCAAAAGGGAUCCUCCACCAAAUAUUCUCUGUGGCACAGAAAAACCAGAGGUCUACAUUGAGCCAUGCAAUUCCGUUAUUCUACAAGUUAAAGCAGCUGAGAUUGUGAGCAGUGAUAUGUAUAAAACUGGUUGCACCUUGCGUUUUCCGCGAAUUGAAAAGAUCAGAGAUGAUAAGGAUUGGCAUGAUUGUAUGACGUUACAUGAUUUGGAUCAAUUGCAUGAUAAGGCAUCCGGGAAACUUGCAUCAAGACACGUUGACCUAGAAGAUGAGGAACUGGACAAGAAAAAGCGUAAAAUUCCUUCAAAGUCCAAAAAGCUGAUUGGCAUUGCGGAACAGUUUAAAGCCCAAGAUCUGUCCAGUGUUGACAAAGUUUCUAAUAUUUUUGAAGAUGUUGAAUUUUGUGUCUUGAACGGUCUUGAUGACCAUCCUAAAGCAGAACUAGAAAAGGGAAUAGCUGAAUGUGGAGGGUUGGUCGUGCAGAACCCUGGGCCAGACACUUAUUGCGUUAUUGUUGGCACAGUUAAUAUCCGCGUCAAAAACCUUAUUGCUGCUAAUGAGCUUGAUGUGGUCAAAGCCGACUGGUUGGUGGACUGUUUGAAAAAGAAGUGUUUUAUACCAUGGCAACCCCAGUUUAUGAUUCAUAUGUCACCUUGCACAGAAAAACAUUUUGCCCAGGAAUAUGAUUGCUAUGGAGACAGUUAUUACGCUGAUGUUGAUAAAAGCCAUCUGCGGGAGAUAUUCAAAAGAAUGAGUAAACCAGAACACCAUUUACCCUUUAAAGCUAUUGCUGACUUGGAACAGCGUUACCUUUGGGAUGCGUCACCUCUAUGUAUGUUCAGACACUGCAUCGUUUAUGUAGAUCUUUACACUAUAAUUGGUGAUACUAGUGCACAGGUACAUGGCACAAGCUUAGAUUUGAGAGUUUUGGAGUUGCGAUUUCACGGUGCACAAUGCAUUACUAAUUUGACCGAAGGUGUCUCACAUGUCGUUGUUGGUUGCGAUGUACGACGUCUUUCCGAACUAAAAUUGCUCAGGAUGACAUUUGAAAGGAAGUUCAAAAUUGUACUGGAAUCAUGGGUAACCGAUUCAGUAAAAGCAGGAAGGGUGCAAGAUGAAAAGAAUUACCUACUGUAGAAGAAAUAAUCACUAAAAUAUGAGCAAGAUGUGGGUAGAAUUUGUCUGCAAAAUUGCUUGAAGAUCAGUGUAUCUGAAGCUGUACAACUCUACUCAAAAUUUACAGUUUUCUUCUUUUGUGGCACUUAUUUUUCUCAUGAACACGUAGCAAUAGAUGGCCCAGAUGGAACUUUUUAAUUUUUGCUUUUCAGUUUGUCCUCCAAAAAGGAUGAGUUUCUUAAUACAAGCAAAAAUACAUCAAUAAUAUUAGUAUUUGAUUAUCAUAAAUUUCAGUUGGGUAUCUAAAAUGCUUGGCAUCACUCCAGAAGUGGAAAAACAAUCAUCAACAUUUAAAUUUCAAUGUUGGUACUAAGGCUUCAGAAAUAAUGUUAAACUAGCAAAAAAGUCAGUACUAGAGGUGAAAGUAACAUCAAACUGUUGAACCUAAUCAUCAUGAAGCUAAUAUUCUCAUAUUAAAAUUUACAUCCUUUGCAGAUAACAUCUAACAUCAGUCAAAAAUCAGACUCAGAAAUCUUACCAGCUAUUAACUUUCAUUGUUAACAGUGAAUAGUGUGGUCAGUCAUUAUUAUUUACCUUGUCUGCCAUAAAAGUAAUAUAGAAGAACCGUGAUUAUCCAGUAUUUGAUGAUCUGAAUUUCGGAUUGUCCGUACAAGAUUGUAAGGUCCUGAUGCUUGGCUAAACUGUGUUAUCCAGCAUUUUAUUAUCUGAAUAUUCGAUUAUCCAAACAAAAUACUGCCCACCAGUGUUGUUCAGAAAAUCAAGGUUCCUCUGUAUUUACCAUUCUCUCUAAUAUGACUGUUAGUUUCAAGUUGCAUUUUGUGUCACCUUACAAACUGGAACUGUUUAGAGUAUUGAAAGUGACACUUAAUGAAGCUAGAAUAUUGGUUUAAGUCAGUGAUGUAUACCUCAAAUUCCUAAUCAUUUGUUGCACUGUUCCAAGCAAACCAAAGAACAAGCUUUAAACAACAUUAUGGAUAAGAGUACAAACUGAGUGUUGUAAACUUUCCUUACUGAAAGGAAAAAGAAACAAACUGAAACUUAAGGCAUUCCACGACUAAUCAGGGUGAAGGUGGUGACAUAAAUUGUGACAAAUUGUGAGACAGUGGAGGAGGAUAUGUGGUUUUACAUAAAACUCCCUGAUUCUGCUGCAAAGUCUUUGUGGUAGAAUCCAUGAAGCAAAUGUUUUAGAGGGUGUUCUCAAGCAUGUUCAUUCAUCUCUUUAAGGGAGUUUCUGAGAUUUUAAUAAUGAUUAUAUAUGUACUUUCAGCACAUACAGAAUUCUCUGAAUACGUUAAUCUCCAUAGACCAUAAAGUUAUUUGUUUACCCAGUUAAAUACCAUUGGAAUCUUUGAAUUAUUGAAACUGCAGGGGACUGGUACAUUGUCUGAGAGCUGCUUAGUUUUGCUUCAUUAUCUGUAAAAUGCAUACAUGUCAGGUCAUCAGCUUUUUGCACCAGAUGCUUCAUUUAUGUCUAUAUAUUGAUUUCCAUUUUUGAAGUACAUUUUGUUCCUUAUUGUGUUGUAAGAUGCAUAAGUUGAGAAUAAUCCAUGGUAGACCACAUGAUAUUGCAAGUAUUGGAGUCGGUUAAUAAUGGGUUGAAGUAAGGAACUGUCUCUGAAUAAAACUGUCUGAAUUGCACAUGCUGUUUCUAUGUUAUAAAUGAACUUUUUGGAUUUUAAAGUAACUUUAUCUUUUAAAUGUGAAAGAUUAAUUUCUAACAAUGAGUUGCUGAUUUUCAUCAGUGAUGAUACAAACAAGUCAAUGAAAAAAUAGACUUUUUUUAAAGAAAGGAGCAUUCCCAUCCCUGUUUUUGCUCCAAAACUAAAUUGUAAUUCAACAUUAAAAUGUAUAUUUUGAGUAUCUUUAGCAAUGAUAAAAUGACAUUAUUCUAAAAUAAUUUUACAUUUUUACUCAG